AUGAUCUUGAUUAUUAAUGUUCUUUCCUUCUUUCCAGAAAAGCUGUCAAUGAUGUUUCCAUCAAAUCAUUCUGACAAUGAUGGAUAUAAAUUACAUUUUGAAGAAAACUGCCCUCAAUCCGAUAAGGAAUAUUUUAUGAAAAAAUAUCCGAAAAUUGAAGAAGUUUCAUCGAAACGACUUCAUUGCACAACAUGUGAUAUCCACAUUGGAACAGCUCCAAUGGCUGAGAAGAUUAUUCGCACUCAUCAAGUUCUUCACGUCACACAAUGCAACAAAUGUUAUGCAUUUUAUAACUCUGGUGAGUUUGGAAAAGGUGAAGAUGGCUCGGAGUAUUAUUGUCGCUGGUGUGGUCAAGGCGGAGAAGUUUUUUGCUGUUCAACCUGUCCAUAUGUGUUCUGCAACAAAUGCAUUCGCUCUAAUCUUUCCAACUCGUAUGUCAAAGAAAUUGAAGAGAACGAUGAUUGGUCAUGCUUUGUUUGCAACAAAUCCAUUCUUGUCAAUCAUCGUGCACAACAUUGGGCAUUGCGUAAUUACAUGAUUAAGCAACUUGAAGUAAUCAAAAAGACAGAAGUGAGAUCUGAAGGAGAAUUAGACAAUCUUUUGAAUGAAGAUUUUUCAUCAUGUUGUCCCAAAAAGAAACGCAAAACUUUCAUAAAAAUUCCAGUUGCUCCAGUCAAACGACCUUUAAAUGGCGGAUUUACUCAACAGCCACCACAAAAGAAAAUGUCAAUGCAACCAUCAAUAAAAAGUUAUCAAGUGCGAACGUCAUUACCGGAGAAGAUUGUGAACUCGCGGCCACAAGCAAAGAGCAACAACAGCGAAAUUGUUUGCACUCCUGAUAUCAUCGGGCUAUUCAGUGACACCGAAGAUAUUACGUUGCCACCUUCAAAUGCAGUCCCAUCAACAUCACCUGCUCCCCCACCAUUAGUUUUACGAAAUAAUCAACGAGUUUUACGACAAGCUUUAUCACCUUCAACAUCAUCACCGGUGCCAAUUUAUCAUAAUGUGAAUGGGUAUCAAAUUGAUUUGAAUCAUGCAGCUCGUCAAGAAAUAUUCCGAUUGCCAAAUGGGAAAUUAAUUCAAGUUCGAAAACAACCAUCAACUCCACCGGUUGGAAAUGUUCGUUCAAGUCAACCUCGCGGCCCACCGCAAUUUACAAUUCGACAAGCACUGCCACAAGUUCCUUCAUAUGGAGCACCACGACCAGUUGCACCUUCUGCUCGUAAUCGUCAGCCAGCACAACCUCAACAAAGAUUCACGUUUUCUGAUGGUCGUGUUUUAGCAACUCCAAUUGUUCCACCACCAUCUACAUUACCAGCAGCAGCACAACCAGCAGCAACACCAGCUCAAUCUUCUGGUGGGUCGACUGUUUUCACACAGCAGAAUGGAAGUAUUUCUGUUGCUCGAGCACAACACCCUAACACGCCUUUCGGAAAAGCAAAGGUUGAAUUUGAGGAUAAAAUUAUUAAUGGUUUGGAGAUUUGUCAACACACAAUCAAUAAGAUGAUCACGCUUACUAAUAAUACAAGUUUCAAGACGUCUCGAACUUUUACUGACCUCAAAGGUCUUUACAUUCAUCUCCAAUAUUUAUUUACAUAUACUUCAGGAAAGCUCAAAUCAUUACAAGAAAAUCUUGCAAAUGAAAUUUCACCGGAACAAUCGAUUUCUGAAGCAAUUGUUCCACCUUCGAUUCCAAUUGAGCCUCCAAUGAUACAAAUUCCACUUGAUAAUGAAGAUAUAUCUGAUGCUUCAAAUUUGAUUGAAAAUGAUCCAAAGUUAGGGAAAAUAAUCAAAGUGAAAGUCGAGAAGCUUGAAGAUACGAAGAAUCCAAUUAUCAAGCAAUACAUGGAGAAGAUAAAACAACGACUUGAAGAAGUUUCGUUCCUACAUGAACUGACACCAGACGCAUUAAUGGAAGUUGAUGUUGAGUUGGAUUUGACUGAACAAAACGUUGAUGAACCUGAAAAUAAUUCUGAGGAGAAAGAAGAAAGUGAUAAAGAUGAAUCGAAAGCCGAAGAAGCCUCUGAGGCUCAUCUCAGUGACGACAAUGGAAAUGAUGUGGACGUGACUUCGAAUGAUGAAAAUAAAUCUUCAGAUAAGGAAAGUUUAGCUUCACUCGGAAAGGAAUUCGGAGAUGACAAGGAGGCAAGUAACACAAGUUUCACAUCGAUGCCAACAGAAUCUGAGAUACUAAAGAUCGACAAUGUUCCGCCAACUGAUCUCAUGGAACUUGAUGAUGAUGAUGAUAUUGAGAAUAAAACGCCUGUUGAUGACACUAAAAUCGUCUCUUCAAACGAAUAUGAAACAAUGUCGAAAGAAAAUCAUGAGACUGUUGAUAUAUCAUCUGACGAUAACUUCAAUGAUUUCUUUGAAAAACCAAGUGAAGCAUCCAAAGAAGAUCAAAUUAUUAAAAACAAUGACAUUGAAGCUAAUGAAAAUUCAAUACUGGGUGAAAACACUUCAUUAUCACCUUCGGAUUUAAAUGUUCAUGAUUCAAAAUCAGAUGACGACUUGGAUGAUUUGAAUUUAGUUCUUCAAGAGCAGUUGAAAGAAGUUGAUGGGGAAUCUUUACUCGAAAGCUUUUCCAAACCAUUACAAGAUGGAACUGAAAAUUCUCUCAUCAAUGAAGACGACUUCAUAAACAGCUUAGAAGAAAACUUUUAA